AUGGGUUCUCGAGGCACCGUUGUUCAGCCAGAGGGGACACCUCGCUCCUGGUGCAGAGACAACUUCUUCCUCACCACCGACAAGACAUUCCUCGACCCCAAAGCCGUCAACGAGGUGUUCGAAUCGGACCUGAUGUGGUGGAACGAUCCUCUCGAGCUUAGCCAGAUGCGCAAGAUGCUUGACAACUGCCUCACCCUGGCAGUCUUUUAUGUCCCAGAUACUGAGGAAGAGAUGACACGCAAUGGCGGCAUGCCCCGAUACAUGAAUAAUGGCCCUGAUUUCAGAAUGAUCGGUCUGGCUCGCAUUGUGACAGACUAUGUCACCUUUGCGUACCUCACCGAUGUCUUUAUUAUCGAGGAGUUCCAGCGUCGAGGCCUUGCCUCAUGGAUGAUGCGUGCUCUGAAGGAGCUUGUUGAUGAGUGGCCGAAUCUCCGUGGCCUCAUGCUCAUGACCAGUGACAAAGCUGCUGCUCGCAUGUAUCAGCGCACUCUCGGCGCGGUCGAUUUUGACAAGGGCCCUUCAGCAGGGUUAGUCAUGUUGGAGAUGGGAGGAAAGGGUCAAAAGGACGUUCCGGAUGAGCAUUAA